ACACCCACUCGGGCCUCAGUCAUAGGCAGCUGCUGCCCACCUGCCCACCCUCCUUCUUUCUCUGGCCAAAGAGGACUGCUGCAGAAUCAGCAGGUAGUGGGGGCAUGAAGGGGGAACCAGCUCUAGAACCGGAUUGUUGUCACAAGCCCAAGCACCUAAGGGACACAGGGAGCUCUCUGUCCCCCAGUCUGGACUUCCAGUUCUGCCAAGGCGACCAGGUUUCCUCAGCCUUCAGGCCACUGCCAGAACCAAAUACGGUGAAUACCCAUGGCCCAUCCUGUGCCAGCUGGCUGUGCCCCUUGCCACUGGCUCCGGCCAGGUCUGCCCUGCUGGCCUGUCCCCAGGGCCUGGACCUAUACCUGUGCACCCUGCAGCCGGCACCCCUGGGCACAGCCCUGCAAAGUCUCAGAGACGACGCCUUGAGCAUGAAGCGCCAGCCACCACAGCUGCAGGCCAGCUCCACUGAUGACAAGAAACUCACAGCCAAGUACCCUCCGAGCAGGGAAAAGAUGGGAAAUCAGCUGGAAAGAGAUGGCGAAGGGGCCUCCUGCCCAUCCUCCCCGCCCUGUAACAGCUCUUCCCCAAUCCCCUGGCAGAACAGAAAGAGCCCCAGCCCCUUGGCUUUCUGUCCCUGCCCCUCUCCCACCCCCACCUCCAAGGAGCUCCCAUUCCACCUCCACCCCUUCUACCCUGCGUACCUACUUCUUCUGCCUCCACCUUAUCUGUUCCCCUACGGGGCCCCCCCUUCUGUCCAGUACCCCCACCUCUUCAUGCUGCCCCAAGGCACCUCCUGCUCCACCAUGGCUGUGCCCAGCUUGCUGAUGACUGCAAAUGAGCCUGGGCACCACAACACCUGGGGGGAGACCCUGCUUCCCAGUCCAGGGGCCUUCGAAGCCUCUGGCCAAGCCCCGCCCUCCCAAGCCUGGAAUCCAGGCCCUAGAGCUGCCCAGACCUGUUCCUUAGGGCUGCAGCAGGCUGGUGUGGUGGCUCCUGCAAAGCGGGCUCCACUGGGCUCCCGAGUGGGCACUGCAGCCCUGCCCUACCCUUUGAAGAAACAGAAUGGCAAAAUCCUGUAUGAGUGCAACGUGUGCAGCAAGAGAUUUGGGCAGCUCUCCAACCUCAAGGUCCACCUGCGCGUGCACAGCGGGGAGCGCCCGUUCCAGUGUGCCGCGUGCAAGAAGAGCUUCACCCAGCUUGCCCACCUGCAGAAGCACCACCUGGUGCACACCGGGGAACGGCCCCACGAGUGCCCGCUGUGCUACAAGCGCUUCAGCAGCUCCAGCAACCUCAAGACUCACCUGCGCCUGCACUCGGGGGCCCGGCCCUUUCAGUGCAGCGGCUGCCCAAGUCGCUUCACCCAGCAUGUUCACCUGAAGCUGCACCAUCGGCUGCACACCCCACAGCCCUGCAGCCUCACUCACGCCCACCUGCCCCUGGCCUCCCUCACCUAUUUGGCGGGCUGGCAAAGGCGGGCACUAGAUCUUCUGGCGGUGCCGUCAGAGAGAAAGGUGGGCUGGGACAUGGAUAAGGACAAGGUGUCCUCGGCACCCCAGAGAAAGCAAGGACAGCCAGCCUAAACUGUGGUGCCAGGACAGCUCUGGGGAGGGGGCAG